UGUGACGGUACCGGGGUGCGGGGGAACCGCCUCGAGGCGGGAGGCGCGGCGGCCGAGGCGCGUCUGCACUGGUCGGCUGAACGAGGCGGACCAUGACUGUGCCUUCGGUGGCGUCUCUCGCCGGACCGCUCUUCCCGAGGUUUCUCUAAGCCAUUCCCUGGUGGAACCGCUCCCAGGACUUCCAAAACUAUGUUGAAUAACAGUGGCGAGAAUGGACAUCCUUGUCUUGUUCCUGAUCUUAGAGGAAAUGCUUUCAGUUUUUCACCAUUGAGAAUGAUGUUUGCUGUGGGUUUGUCAUAUACAGCCUUUAUUAUGUUGAAAUUUUGUCCACAAGUGCUUGUGGAAAAGAUGGCUGUUAUUAACCUCAAAGAAGUAACCUUAAUAAUAGGCGUAGUUGCUGCUUGCUAUUGGAACAGCCUCUUUUGUGGUUUUGUUUUUGAUGAUGUGUCAGCAAUACUGGAUAAUAAAGACCUGCAUCCAUCUACACCUUUAAAAACUUUAUUUCAGAAUGAUUUCUGGGGAACCCCUAUGUCUGAAGAGAGAAGCCACAAGUCUUACCGUCCUUUAACAGUAUUGACAUUUCGCUUAAAUUAUUUGUUUAGUGAACUGAAACCUAUGUCAUAUCAUCUCCUAAAUAUGAUUUUUCAUGCUGUGGUUAGUGUGAUAUUUCUUAAAGUCUGCAAACUCUUUCUGGAUAACCGGAGUAGUGUGAUUGCUUCUUUACUUUUUGCAGUGCACCCAAUACACACAGAAGCAGUAACAGGUGUUGUAGGAAGAGCAGAACUUCUGUCAUCUAUCUUUUUUCUAGCUGCAUUUUUGUCAUAUACCAAAUCAAAAGGACCAGAUAAUUCCAUAGUGUGGACUCCUAUCGCAUUGACAGUGUUUUUAGUGGCUGUUGCAACACUGUGUAAAGAGCAGGGAAUAACAGUUGUGGGAAUUUGCUGUGUGUAUGAAGUAUUUAUUGCCCAGGGGUAUACUUUGCCACUAUUAUGUACUACUGCUGGACAGUUUCUUCGCGGAAAGGGUAGUAUUCCAUUUUCUAUGCUGCAGACACUAAUAAAACUCAUUGUUUUGAUGUUCAGUACACUAUUACUUGUUGUGAUUAGAGUCCAGGUUAUUCAAUCCCAACUUCCAGUAUUCACCAGGUUUGAUAACCCAGCUGCUGUAAGCCCAACUCCUACAAGGCAGCUAACUUUUAACUACCUCCUUCCUGUGAAUGCUUGGCUUUUGUUAAAUCCUUCAGAGCUCUGCUGCGAUUGGACCAUGGGAACAAUACCACUUAUAGAGUCAUUUCUAGAUAUUCGAAAUCUUGCCACAUUUAUUUUUUUUUGCUUUUUGGGGGCUUUGGGAGUAUUCGGUCUCAGAUACCCUGGUAAUUCUUCCAAGACUGUUUUAAUGGCACUUUGUUUAAUGGCAUUACCAUUUAUUCCUGCAUCAAACCUUUUUUUCCCAGUUGGAUUUGUUGUUGCUGAGAGAGUAUUAUAUGUUCCUAGCAUGGGGUUCUGUAUUUUGGUAGCCCAUGGAUGGCAGAAAAUAUCAAACAAAAGUGUAUUAAAAAAGUUAUCCUGGGUUUGUCUGUCUAUGGUGAUACUCACUCAUGCCUUAAAAACACUUCAUAGAAAUUGGGAUUGGGAGUCUGAAUAUACGCUGUUUAUGUCAGCCUUGAAGGUAAAUAAAAAUAAUGCCAAAUUAUGGAAUAAUGUGGGUCAUGCUCUGGAAAAUGAAAAGAACUUUGAGAGAGCUUUGAAGUACUUCUUACAGGCUACCCAUGUUCAGCCAGAUGAUAUUGGUGCCCACAUGAAUGUAGGAAGAACUUAUAAAAAUUUAAAUAGAACCAAAGCAGCUGAAGAAUCUUAUAUGACGGCUAAGUCGCUGAUGCCUCAAAUUAUUCCUGGUAAAAAAUAUGCAGCCAGAAUUGCACCUAACCACUUAAAUGUUUACAUUAAUCUGGCCAACCUGAUACGAGCAAAUGAGUCCCGACUGGAAGAAGCAGAUCAGCUGUACCGACAAGCAAUAAGCAUGAGACCCGACUUCAAGCAGGCUUACAUUAGCAGAGGAGAAUUGCUUUUAAAAAUGAAUAAACCUGUCAAAGCAAAAGAAGCAUAUCUUAAAGCACUAGAGCUGGACAAAAACAAUGCAGAUCUUUGGUACAACUUGGCGAUUGUUCAUAUUGAACUUAAAGAACCAAAUGAAGCCCUAAAAAACUUUAAUCAUGCUUUAGAACUAAAUCCAAAGCAUAAGCUAGCAUUAUUCAAUUCUGCUAUAUUAAUGCAAGAAUCAGGUGAGGUUAAACUCAGACCUGAAGCUAGAAAACGACUUCUAAGCUAUGUAAAUGAGGAGCCACUAGAUGCUAAUGGUUAUUUCAAUCUGGGAAUGCUUGCCAUGGAUGACAAAAAGGACACUGAAGCAGAGAUGUGGAUGAAGAAAGCCAUAAAAUUACAAGCCGAUUUCAGAAGUGCUCUGUUUAAUCUGGCUCUCCUGUAUUCUCAGACUGCAAAGGAAUUAAUGGCUUUGCCAAUCUUGGAAGAGUUACUCAGAUACCAUCCUGAUCAUAUCAAAGGUCUCAUUUUAAAAGGAGACAUUCUGAUGAAUCAAAAGAAAGAUAUACUUGGAGCAAAAAAAUGUUUUGAAAAGAUUUUGGAGAUGGAUCCAAGCAAUGUGCAAGGAAAACACAAUCUUUGUGUUGUUUAUUUUGAAGAGAAGGACUUAUUAAAAGCUGAAAGAUGCCUGGUUGAAACAUUGGCCUUAGCACCACAUGAAGAAUAUAUUCAACGCCAUUUGAAUAUAGUCAGAGAUAAAAUUUCUUCAUCUAGUUUUGUAGAACAGCCAGUAUUCCCAGCUGGUAAGACUUCAGCUAUAGAAGGAGACAGAAUUCCAACUGAAAAUGAAAAAGAAAUCAAAAGUAAACCCAGACCCAUACAGAUAAUAAAACCAAGUGAUAAUAAAAGUCAGUCGAAAUCCAACAAACAGUUAGGAAAAAAUACAGACAAAGAAACCCCCCACAAAACAACAAAAGAAAUCAAAGAAAUUGAGAAGAAAAGAGUUGCUGCUUUAAAAAGACUAGAAGAGAUUGAACGUAUUUUAAAUGGUGAAUAACAUUACCCUUUAUCACGUGACAGUGGUUUCAAAGAACUUCAGUCUAUAUCAUGAUUACUUAUACUGAGAGCUUUGAAAAAUAGCAAGGAUACUAACAGUCUAUCAUAAGCUGCCUCUACGUAGGAUCAAAAUAAGAUUUUCAUUAAAGACCCUUUCAUUACCCCAGGGUAUGUAUUAUAUAUGACAGUAGUUUUUAGAGUUUUGGUGACUAUAGCAGAAAUUACAGGUGGCAAAUUUGUAUCUUUUCUUAUAGAAGGAAGAUUCUUUCAGCAGAAUAAUAUUGAUUACCCUCAGUUAAAAAUAAUCUGAGGCCUGAAUGGUAAUCCCAUGGGGGCAAAUCCAACAUGUGCUGGAUUAUUCUGUGAAUUCAUAUUUAUUAGCUAACUUCAUUUUUCCUUUAACUAUUGGAAUUUGACUAUGGAUUUGAAAACACUUAUUGAACACAUUCUUUUUUCUUCAGUAACCUUCUGUUUCCAAGGGACUUUGCACUACAAAAGAAUACUGGCUGUCUUUCUUUAUGUUGUAUUCUUUUUUUGAUUUUUAGAAGGAACACCAGACUAAACAUUUCAAAAUAAGUCAUAUGACAUUGUUAGCUUAAGAAUGUAUUUUCAUAACUGUGUGCUUGUCCUUAACUUCACUCUAAAUGGCUAUUUUUAAUUAGGUAAAGUUUUAAAUACAUAUACGCACACACAUUUCAGAUGGUGCUCAUAUAUACUGUAUUUUCAUUUUUUUACGUACUGAGGGUUUCACAGCAUGAACCACAUAAUCAUGACUCUUUGACUUUUAUUUCCCAAACUAUUCCUGUUUAUUAGGGUCAUAGUCAUAUUGAGAAGUCCCAGUAACUAUAACUUGAUUAAACUUUUGAGCUAAAACAUAGUAAGUUUCUCUUUCAUCUUAGUGUUAUCUUUCUAGUGUUACUUGAAUUUUAAUUUUGUUUCCAAAAACAUACCUUAAUUAUUCUUAGAUACCUUAGAUACCUAAAUUGAGUUCUGUUUAACUGAAGGCAAAACAAUGUGACAAAGUUUAUUUUUAAACACUAAGUUCUUGAUAUCUUAUGGUGUAUAUUUUUAUUAAAUAUUUAUUUUGACUACUGAGCUUCCACAAAAAAUUUAACGCUGUUUUAAGUCCAUCAAGUAUGGAAAAUAAAUUGCUAUUGCAUUUUUCUAUACAUGCAUAUAUUAUGGUUUAACCAAAAUUUCAUCAUUUUUGGCCUGUUGUCCAGCUAGGAAAAAGAUAAUUAGCCUAGUAUAUGAUUAAUAAAUUAGUCAGUAGGUUUUAGCAAAUUUAAACCUCAAAAAAUGUUAGUUUGAAGAGUAGAUACAAAUCAAAUUUAUUAAAUCUGACUUCUUUCAUGAGUUAGAAUGCAUUUUAUAAUACCUAAUAAAGUUGGCUUUAAUUUAAAAUGUUAAAGCUCAAGCUAUCAUCUUGGGAUAGUAACGAAUUUCUAAUUAUGUAGCAUUUCAAAAACUAUAUUUCUGUUCCUUUGAAAUAAUUAAUUUCUAAUUAUGUUUCAAAAACCAUAUUCCUGUAACUUUUUUCUUAAAGGGAUGUUUUAUAAAUAGGUCAUAAGAAACAUGAUCUGCAUUAAAGACCUACUCUUACUAGGUUCUCUGAGGCGCUGUCAUAGAUUAUUAUUUUUUUGUUUUUUUUGUUUGUUUGUUUGUUUUUUUGUGGUAUGCGGGCCUCUCACUGUUGUGGCCUCUCCCGUUGAGGAGCACAGGCUCCGGACGCGCAGGCUCAACAGCCAUGGCUCACGGGCCCAGCCGCUCCGUGGCAUGUGGGAUCCUCCCAGACCGGGGCACGAACCCGUGUCCCCUGCAUCGGCAGGCGGACUCUCAACCACUGCGCCACCAGGGAAGCCCUGUCAUAGAUUAUUUUUUAGGCAAUAUAAAGCGAGCACUGACACCAGUGGUAGUGCAUUUUUGACUCAUUAAAGCAAUACCUAAUUUCAGUUUUUAAAUUAUAGCUCUGUGACUCCAGAUAUAAGGUGGAGAAUACCUCAUAUACCAUGACUUGAAAAAUGAAAUUGUUAUUGUUGCAUUCUCUACAUAUAUCUUGAGAAGAAGUUUGAGUUUGAUCUAUUCUGUUAUAAUAUCAAGUGAGGAUAGUUCAAAAAAGUAGAAGGAAAUCUUUUAUGACAGCAGACCGUAAUAAAAGCUUUGAGUAAUAAUUUAAUAAAAUGAUGUAACUAUUCAAAAGAUAAAAGAUAUAUUAAUAUCCAAUGAUUUUUAUAGAAAAAAGCAUUUUCUCCACAUUAGCACUUAGAACAGUGCCUAUCAUGUAGGAAGUGCUCAUAUUUUGAAUAAUUUAUUUAAAUCAAAUUCACCCUGAGUAAUCAAUAACUUUUCCAAAUCAGUUGUUUCUCAACCCUCAUUUCAUACUAGAAUCAUCUAGACCCCACCCUACAACAAUUAAAUCUGAAUUUCUUAUGGGUAGAGCCAUACUUCAGUUUUUCCCAAGGCUCUCAGAGUGAUUCUAAUUUGUAGUCAGGGUUAGGGACCACUGCUCUAAAUUCGUUCAAGAAAAUCCUCUUAUCUCUCCUGUGUUAACUUUUAAAUGAGUGACAUAAUCCAAUUAAUUUUGAUGUUUUAACUUCCAUUAAGGAAUAUGCUCUUCUGAUACCUAGUAUUUAUUCCAUCUUAAGUUCCAUCAAGCUUGCUUAUGUGUGAGGUGAUUAUUUUUUCUCUUUAAAUUCAUAAUAUAAAUUUUAUUAAAGCUGUUCAGGUGAAAAAGACAAUGGAUAGUUUUUCCUUUGAAGCUGCCAUUUGGGGGAAAUGGAGGGUAGGAACAUUUUAGCCCAAUUCACUAACCUGUGUUUCACAGUGGUGAGCAUCUGUAAGUUUGAAAAAGAAAGCUUAUCAUAGGUUUAUGUACUAAUAAGGGGAUGUAGUUUUAGUUCGUGCUGUUUUACAGAAGAACCUACUCCCUCGGAGGUCUAGGAAAGCUUUGACAAUCCCCAAGGGACAAUUACGCUACUCCUUCACUCCUCAGAAGGAAGAAUUAACUUUUUCUCAUAUUGCUCUUAUAUGUGUGUCCUUACUAACAUUCAGAAUUGGGAAUUUUAUCUUAUAAUUAUUAUUCCAGUAAGUAAUUUUAUGAAGUUGAUGACUUGGAGGAUAAAGCAAAUAUGUUUGCAAUUUUGUCUUUACUUUUAUGUAGAUGUUUGGUAUGUGAAUUACUCAGUUCUGUUAAAACCUCAUGCCUUUCAUCUAAUUUGAGCUCUCAACUUCAUGUUACAGAAUGCUUCUUUAAGGAUGCUUUAAUGAAAAAUAUUACGAAAAUAUAUAGAUUUGUAUGUCAGUUUAUGCUUCAGAAAUCCAUAUAUUUGUCAUAUUUAUUUUUUUAAAAACCUAAUUGUCUGCAUGACUAAAUCAUAUUUAAAAUGAAAAUUCAAAUAUAUCUGGUACCUUUGUCUAGAGUUUUAUCUGUUGGAAGAUGUCAGCCAUCCAUGUUAAGUUUUCAUAAAAUAGUUGAUAAUUGUGUUCAUUUUAUAUUACUGUGGUGUCUGUGUGUACCAUAUUUCUAAA